AUGCCCGAAUCGAUGGUUACCGAGCAACAACCUGAGGAGUUCGCGUUUCAGGCUGAGAUCGCCCAGCUUAUGAGCCUGAUUAUCAACACUUUCUACUCCAACAAAGAGAUAUUUCUUCGUGAGCUUAUAUCCAAUGCUAGUGACGCUCUGGACAAGUUGAGGUAUAAGAGUUUGACUGAUCCAUCAGUUCUUGAUUCCGGAGAAGAUAUGUAUGUCAAGUUGAUACCCAACAAGGAGGCUGGAACUUUGACUGUCCUGGAUACUGGUAUUGGUAUGACGAAAGCAGAUUUGAUUAAGAAUUUGGGUACGAUCGCUUCCUCUGGCACGAAGGCGUUUAUGGAGGCUCUGGCUGAUGGUGCAGAUAUAUCGAUGAUUGGUCAAUUUGGUGUAGGUUUCUAUUCUGCCUACCUUAUAGCCGACCGGGUUCAAGUAGUGACGAAAAAUAAUGAUGACGACCAGUACAUUUGGGAGUCGUCCGCUGGUGGAACUUUCACAAUCGCACCAGAUGACAGUGAGUUGCCAAAACGAGGCACUAAGGUGAUAUUGCAUCUCAAAGAAGAUCAGCUAGAUUUUCUUGAAGAGAGAAAAAUUCGAGAUAUAGUGAAGAAACAUUCUAAUUUUAUUAACUAUCCCAUCAAGCUGGUUGUUAAUAAAGAGCGGACCAAGGAAGUGUCUGAUGAUGAGGCUGAAAAGUCCGAGUCGAAAGAAACUGACGAGUCUGACGACAAACCGAAAGUCGAAGAUCUAGAUGAAGACGAGGAAGAGGAGAAUAAGGAAAAGAAAAAUAAAAAGAAGGUUGUGGAGAAGUAUACUGAAGAAGAGCAACUGAACAAGCUUAAACCGCUCUGGACGCGUAAUCCCGAAGAUAUAAAUACAGAAGAGUAUGCCGAGUUUUACAAGUCGCUUACUAAUGACUGGGAGGACCAUCUUGCCGUGAAGCACUUCUCUGUUGAAGGACAGUUAGAGUUCCGAGCGUUGCUGUUUGUGCCUAAACGUGCACCUAUAGACAUGUUUGAAGGAUCGCCUUCUGGUGAUGAAAUGAUCAGCAUGAAGGAUUAUGUAUCACGUAUGAAGCCUGAACAACAAGAUAUCUACUACAUAACAGGUGAGUCAAAGCAAGCUGUAAUGAAUUCACCAUUUACUGAGAAGCUUACUCAACGUGGAUUCGAAAUCGGGUCAUCUCAGAGGACUUAA